AUGAAUCCCAAACCAGGAUUCCUUCGAAGGCAGUGGCGGAAAGUGAAAGGAGAGGUGGCUAACUCUCUGCUGACCCAAUACCGGCGAUGUGUGAUUCGAAUGAAACGUUGUCUCCAGGAGAACAAUGAUGUGGAACAGCAAAGAAGGAAAAGUCAAGCGAAACUUCAUCCGCUUCCAGAUCGUCCACUCCGUCGAGCCGCUUCCAAACUAAAUCGAAAACCAACCAACGAAAUUGAGCGACUCCGUAAAAAAGGGGACGAUUGGAACGCCAAUGAUCUGUUUAAAUUUCAAUAUUCGGAUCCUGAAGAGGGAACACCGGAAGAGAGAAAACAGUUGUGCUAUGAUUGGCUGGAUAGACUACAUGACAUUUCGAAGAAGUAUUGCUAUUUGGCAUGGUACGAGUCUGCGAUCUAUGCCUGCUACUAUCGCCUGGCACCUAUCCUAACGGAUCCAGUUGAGAAACAACGUAUAUGGCACGAUGUGAAACAUGAGUAUGCAGAGAUAUUCAUGAUGGGACGGCGGAUAUGGAGACGUGCUAUUCAUCCAAGCAGAUUGCGCGUGUUCUAUGAUCUCGCAAUGCUGUGUGUUCGUUUUGGGGAUAUGGAGAAUGAUGACACUGUCCCAAAAUUCAAAGCGCUGAUGGCAGAUUCUACGAAUUUUGACUUCAAGAUUCUCAAUGAAACGGAAUUCAUUAAAUCGCUGGAUAAGGUGAUCAAAUUGGAAAACUUUGUCAUCGAUCAAUUCUACAAACGACGUCGCAGCAGUGGAUCGAUUCGAUCCUCCUUCCGUUCCCGUAGAAACACUGAUUGCUCACCAUCCCGUCGUUCCGAGAAUCUAGACGAAUCAUCAUUUCAAACAAAAGCCGACGACGAUUUGGACGUUUGUAGUCUGGCGGAAUCUCUUCAACAAAUUUCUGUAAGCCUACCAGCGCCUACAUCUGAGAACCGAGUGUCAAGUGUAACCCUGACGAUUCCAACAAUUGUUAUCGAUGGUCCAGAAGGCGUCAGCCCAACAAGAAGUCGUCCUGCUUCACCUCGAUUGGUUCGAUUCGACGAAUAA